AUGCUAUCAAGAUGGCUGUCUAAACUCCAUCACGCUUGGAAGGGUCUGCAAGUGAGUUACUACGGUGGGAAGUACUCCAUCCAGCGACUUCUAGCGCUAGAUGCCUACACAAGAAACACGUCGCUGGUUCGCGUGCUACUCGUGUGUAUCGGAACGCCUCUGCCCAUGGUGACAUUCGUGAGCAUUCAAGCAGUGAUUCCUCUUCAAGAUCCAGCACAGGGAUGGCGUAUGAAUUACGGCUUUUGGAUUCGAUCUGGAAUAUUAUCUUUCGUGGUAGCUCACACACUCACAACCCAAGCUACCUAUCUGAUCGAUGGUGUCGUAAUCUCCGUGGCUAGAAUGAUUGCGUUGGCCGCCUGUGCGUCGAUCCUUUUUACGGCGUUUGCGAUAGGGAUCUCAGCGUGGCUUAUUUUCCCUGUACCGUUCUUCGUGCUGACUCUAGCUCCGGUAUUUUACGUCGCUCUUAUCAUGUCGUAUCGACUCGUAUUGGGUAUUCGCAUUAUUCGUCAAAUGUUAGAGCAUCGUGACCAAUUGAUCCGGUUUGUAUAUUUCGUAGGAGCUCAAAACGUCAUGGUUUUUACGUAUCCCGCUUACGAAACUCUGUUCCGUGUCGCUAAAGGAUCACCAUAUCAACUGCCAGUUAUUCUACUCUUACCUUUCAUCAAGAUGGCCAUAAAAAACAUGGUGUUACGGUGUAUGGCCAGCAUGGAGGAUAUGUUACCCGAAGCUGUAAUUUUCACGGUGGAUUUCUUCAAUGCUGUGUACGUGGCCACUUGUAUGCAGAGUGCGUCCACUGCGACUGCGAUCACGGCUAUCACGGUCACAGAUCUAUCUCAGACGAUAAUUAUGCUAUUUGGUCUGCAUCAACGUACUGCAGCAAUGCUAUCAAGACUUUGUCUGACCAUUGACAGCGAUCCAACAGACAGCAACUUCCUGAGUGCGCUCUGUAUUUUGUGUAAAGAUCUCAAGCGUUUUGGUAACCAGACACGCACCAACUUGUGUAUACGCUCCUGUCUUCCUCUAAUCUUGGCUGAGUUGGACAGAGCGUUGUUAGAAAGACUGGAAAGCUUGUCCAGUGAAGAGAGUUCUCAUACUCAUCAUAUUCUAAUGCUCGCGCCGUCCCCGAGCGUACAAGACCUAAUGAUUCCUGACAAGAAACCCAAGCGUAAAGUACGCAGUAUUUUCGUUCAAAAGCGCAGCGAUGUGGUUCAUCCGUUAAAUUCUGGCGAGUCUAACGUACCCUGGGCUGAUAGGAGCUCGAUUCACAGUCAUACGAGUCAUCGCUCCACUAUUCUCUGUGAAACACUCGAAGCGUUGUUUACAACCGAGUGCAUUAUCGUCGCUGCUUACUUGGAGGCUAUCGUUCCGUUAUUUUAUUGUUGCUAUAUGGUCGUAAUGACCCACUUGCCAAGUGCACGUUAUCAUACCGAGAUGGCCGAUGUGACGCUUGAAAAUGUUGGUGCUACUGUUGUCCCUGUUUUUGUGUUUGGUCUACUUCAGAUCGCGACGUUUGUACUGCUGGCGUUGGUGAUUAAGAAGAAUUGUGGAAUGAACAUGCUGUAUCAAUUGGGGUUUGUGCUGGAGUCCCAGAUGCCACUUAUUCAAGGUAAAUUAAUUUUCUGGGUUCUUAUCACAUUAUGCUUCCGCGUGGUGCAUUUCGGCGUGGACUUUACAUUUCAGUUUAAUCAGCACGGAUACGGUCGAUAA